UAUUACGACGCCAUUGUGAAUUUUCGUGUUUUCACAGAUGAACAAAAUAAAUGAUAAAUAAUUUGAUAGCAAUUUGAAAUUUUGAGAGGAAUUGGCGAUGAUAAAAACGAUAGAGCUCCAGUUUUGCAAGAGAAUUACUUUAUCCCGUGUUUUAUUUCAGUGCAUUGAGAUAUAAACAUUGAAUUACCCCUGAAUUUUGGGAAAUAUGAAAGACAGUGAUUGUGCUGACACAUCUCCAAUGGCAAUUGAUCUCCAAAUUGAUGCUCCCAGGAAAAGAUUUCCUUUUUGUAUUGUCUGGACACCGAUACCACUCCUAACGUAUUUCUUUCCAUUCAUUGGACACAUGGGUAUAGCAACAUCUGCGGGGAUAAUACGGGAUUUUGCUGGUCCUUAUCAUGUCUCUGAAGAUCAAAUGGCUUUCGGUAGUCCCACAAAAUAUUGGCAAUUGAAUCAUUUGCUAGCAAAAGGAGGUGCAGCUGGAUGGGACAGCGCUGUGUCAGAAGCUAGUGAUAUCUACAAAACUCGAAUGCAUAAUUUAUGCUGUGACAACUGUCACUCUCACGUGGCCACUGCCUUAAACCUGAUGGUAUUCAAAAAUUCGAACAAUUGGAAUAUGGUUAAAUUGGCAUUACUCAUGCUCAUCCACGGAAAAUACGUCAGCAUCUCAGGAUUUCUGAAGACAUGGGUACCAUUCCUUUUUCUCGUUUUAAUAAUUCUCACGUAUUGUUUAGCCGUAUGAAUAAAAAAUUAACAAUGA